AUGGCCGGUGUCAACAAGGCAGAGGGGCGGAUCUCUGAUGAUCGUAUUGCUCUUGGAGAUUACGUUAUCUUAACAGGCGGUGGAAUGAAGCGGAUGGUGGUGGUGCAGAAGGGCAAUCGACUUCGCCUCGGGAGUACAGGGACGGUCGAUCUCGAGAAACUCGCCGGCCUGCGCUUUGGUGAAGUCCUUCGAUAUGACCCAAAGCGCCGUGUGUUUAUUCCCACGAAUGAUUAUCCCGAUCUUGAUAUCACAAACUUACAAGAGGCAGUGGAGGAGGUACGUGAUAAUCGUCACCUUGUGGAUGACAACAGAAGUCAAAUUCUCUCUAAGGAUGAGAUUGCAGCUAUGCGAGAGGAAAAGGGCGUGGAUGAGCUUAUCACCUCUCUUGCAGAAAAGAGUACUACUUUCCAUACAAAGACUGCCUACGCACAAGAGAAAUAUUUGCGUAAGAAAAAAAAACGUCAUGGAACAUUAUAUAAAGUAGAACGUGUCACACCGGAUGGACUUGCAGAGAUUCAUUUACCGACUAUUAAUCCUUCGGAUGUUGAACCAGAAGAAACACGUUGGAUGCGACUUCGUGCAGAUACACUUGCACUUAUUCUUCAUCACAGUGAUGUACACAGUGGUAGUCGUGUACUUGUUUAUGAUAAAACAAACGGUUACUUGGAGGCUGCUUUACUUUCACGUCUUGGGGAUGAGGGAAUAAUACUACAAUUAAUGGAUAAGGUUUCACAACCAAAUACGUUUCCUGCACAAGCAAUGGGACUUCCUCGUAUUAGAGAAAUGUGGAAAGCUAUCCCACGUAAUGAAGGUUUUCUACUUGGAGUGGAAACCGUAGAAGAUGAGGAAAGGGCAGCAGAAAAGAAUAAAAAACGAAAUUGUGAUAAUGGUAAUAUAUCCCAAUGGUUACGGGGUAUUGAUGCACAUAAUAUGUUAAAAGAAAAACCUGCAGAUUCACUUAUUAUAGUUGAUGAUGAAGGUGCUGAAGAAGCACUUAAUGAUCUAUUACCUUUUUUAGCUUUAUGUGGACAUGUGGUAGUAUUCAGUCCAUAUUUGGAAGAUUUAACAGCACUCUUUGCAAAGCUUCGGACUCAUUGUGUGAAUAUAUGCAUUUCUGAAACUUGGUAUCGCCAUUAUCAACUCCUUCCAAACCGUACACACCCAACGGUUAAUAUGAGUACCGCCGGUGGAUACGUGUUAACCGCCAUUAAGGUGGAAGCAAAUGGAGGCAGUAGUAACAGCAAUACCAAAACCAAUGAACAAGUCCAAGUGGAGAAGACAGUUCCACAGUCAAUAUCAACAGAAAAGGAAGAGAAUGGACAAACAUCACGCAAGCGUGUACGUGAGGAAGAAGAAGGUGAAAAAGGAAAAGGAGAGAAAGAGAAGAUGAUGGCGGAGGCUAUGGAGUGA